GUCGCCUUCUGCUUUUCGCUUGCAAUUUUCAGAUUUACUGCAAUACACCCGUCCUUGGACGGGCAAAAGGCUAGUAGUUCAUAAUUUCCAAAUCUAAAAUCCUUUUACAAUUGCAGUCAUUGCUGUUUAAAGGUAAAUGAACAGAAACCCAUUUUAGAAGAUUAUUAGUUUCCUUUGCAGAAAAAACACAAAUUUACAGUGUCACAAAUAUUUCAGCCAUAUGUUUCUAAUGCUCGUACCUACAUUACUUGAAAUGGCUGAUCUGGUGUUUCAUGACUGGCAUUCAGUGCACGUGUACAAGUUGAUACUGCUAUUCUGUCGGUCAUGUAUGCUAUGUUUUCUUCCAGUAGCAGAUCUUAAGGAGUUGACCUGAUCUUGGAGUCGUGACGUCAUCGCAGUGGGUUGGAGAUGCUUCUUCACUAUCUUCUGAAAACAUUUCCCAAGAAGAUCCUGAUCUCUGACAAUUGUUCUACAGUCAUUUAGCAAGCAUAAGCUUAAGUCAUGUUAUGUAUACACUGAAUCCAUUCACGUCGAUUCUUCAUACCGCCACAAGUAAAGAAAAUGUUUUGGCAUUUAAUUAAUAUUUGCACCUGAAAUGAGUAAUAGAGAAUAAUAUAGUUUUUCAUUAUCCAUUUGGUUAUAUUUUUCAACCUCAAUAAAUUAGACAUUCAAUUGAAACAUUUGAUUUGUAGUUUAAUUAAUGUGACAAGAUGACUGAUAAAGGUUACUCUGUUAAAGACUGGGAUUUACCAAUGGCUAGCGAAAUUACAGAUGAUAAAUGUGUGUUUGAAGUACUACAAACAUUUGGACUUUCACAGGAAGACUUGCACAGUCUUAGCCAGCACUCAGCAGAAGAGCUCACUGUAGAAAAUCUUCCAGGCAUCCUUCAAGCCUACAUGAAGAAAAAGUUAGCGCACACACAGAAAUCAAGUGCGGAUCAGUCGACUCAUUCAACGCCACCUGCCUCUCUCCCAACAUCUGUGCAAGGGAAACAAAUAAGAAAGUAUCGUUCACCUUCGCCACCGUCUAUCUUGCACUCAAGAUCUGGACAUACGCUGAAAGGAAGAUUGGAUCCGUCAGCUUUAUCGCAACCCGUCUCUCGUUCAGAACCUCAACGUGUGCAAAAAGAAUGGGGUCAUCGUUCACAUUCAUCACCAUCUGUCGAUUACGAGAAACUUCCAUGUGAGAACAAUCGGAGCCCUCGCCGGUCUCCUUCACUAUCAGCUGUCUCCCGCUUCACAGCUUUACAGGUGGAAAAAGCACGGGAGCCAUAUCGUUCACGGUCACCUUCGCCGCUGCCUGUCAUACGCUCGACGUUUGAACAUAUAAACACGUCAGGAACUGGUCGGCCGUCUUCACAGCCAUCCGCGUUUGUCCUCCACAGUGACAUGGGCGCCAGUAGCCUCGCACAUAUGGUGGAUAAUUCUUCUGAGGAUGCUCAAGUUGUGGAUUAUGAUCAUGGCUUUUCAUCUAAAGAGAGAGUGAAAGAGACAAAGUUCACAUUUUCCGAUGCCACGAAGGUGAAAUUGGACCAGUUUGGACAGACUUACAAAAGAAAGUCACCGGUGGAGAAACCCAAAAGGUUGAAUUAUACCCAAGGUAUAGCUGCACCUUUGCAGCAUCAUGCAAAGAAAAUACGUGUGGUACAAUCUAGGCAUCAGGAGGCUCAGAAGGACAUUGUAGAAUCCCAGCCUUCUCGGCAUCAAACAGAGGAUUUUAGUUCAUGUUCUGGGACUAAAAGAAUACAACCACAAUCAGAAAGUUCUGAGAAAUUAAAGAAACCACAGCGAAGGCAAGGGGUCGAUUUAAACCAGCGCAUUGAUGUUCUUCGGUUAUUUCUACUUAAUAAACAGAAACGACAACAUUCUAAAAACAUUCAAAACGAAGGACAACAAAUUGAAGGCCCCUCAGUUGAAAAUUUCGAGCCAAAGCAAAUACAGAACAUUGCAAUCGAAUUGAAGCCGCUGCAGCAAGAACAGAUGCCUUUAGUUAACAUUACCCAUCAAUCAAUGCAGGGCUCUCAUGGCUUUCAGCAACAUGUACCAAUAUGUGCACCUCCAGUAUUUGAAAGUAUACCACCACAGCCAGUAUUUGAAAGUAUACCACCACAGCAUUUUGGGAAUAUAGCACCACCACAAACAAACAUAAUAUCAGGAUAUGUAGGACUUUCUCAACCAAAUCCACCGAUUCAUGGUCAUCUGGGAGGUGAUAAUGUCUACCCACCAUUCCUAGGAUAUGCUGGACCUCCACCACCAAUCCCACCUGUGAUUGUGGAUCCAAGCAUUCUAAAUAUAGCACCACCUCCAUUCCCAGUAUAUGUAAAACCUCCACAAGUAAAUCUACCAAUGCCUGCGACUUUGGGAUUCAACAAUGUACCUCCUUAUUUCCAUGGAAAUCCAAGCCCUUCACCAAGUUGGCCACCAAUGUUUCCUCUUCCCCAAACAACCAACAAUGUUUAUCCAACUUUCCCAGGAACUGCAGGACCUCCACAGACAAACCCGGUGAUGCCUCCGCUGCCGGGAAGAUAUCCACCGCAUGUGUAUUCCGUUGAAAACACACCAGGCACAAUGGUCAAUCUACAAUCGACAAAAAAAAAUAACAAUCAAUACUCCAAUCUCAGAAUUCUGACAAAUGUGUCACAUAGGUUAAACGCUUAUCAGAGUAAACCAUCUUCCACCUCAGAGACUGUACAAGGCAAAUUAGAAACUCCGAGUGUUUGUGAAGCAAAGAAAACAGAGCCCAGCGCUGUUCCCCAUGGCAAUGAAGUAGACAACAAAACAUCGGAUGAUAUACCAUUCCAACAAAGAAGUUAUCCCUUGCUGGAAGAGAUGCAAAAUUAUAAUGGGGAUUAUCGACACAAUGAAACUUUUAAAUGCUUCUUAUGCAGUUGCACUUUUAACAACCAAACGGAACUGGACAACCACCUGAAGGAUCGCUCACAUAAGAUGAACAUUCAAAUUUUCAGUAUCCAGUUUCGCGUUGAAUUGAACAACAUGAACUAUUUCAGAUGUGACAUCGACAACAAAACCAAAUCGACAAAUGCAGUUCCAGAAGAUCAAUCUGCAGAUGGGGUUAAACCUGAUCUUUGUAAACAUAGAAAAGAUGCCAACCCUGCUACAAAUGUUAACCCCCCCAGCAGUGUUCAACCUGUGGUUCAACAUAAAUCAGUUACUGAUAACACCAAACCAGUUGAUAGGCAAUCUACCGAUAUUGUUACCACUGCUGCUGUGGCCAAACAAGCGUCUGGUGUUCCUGUAGCUGCCCCUGUCAGUUUCACGGAAACUAAUAUCAGUAAAGCAGUCCCGGCUGCCAUCGAGAAUCCCAGUUUUCUGCAGCGUGACCAUCCAACAAAGGAAGAGAUUUCCAACUACAAUGGGUUUUUCCCAAAAACGAACGACGUGUAUAAAUGCCAUUUUUGUACAACCGUCUGUAAUUCUCCUCAGGAAAUGUUGAUCCACAGGAAUAAACUGCAACAUUUGGGCCUGCGGAAUGCAUUUAGCAAAAGGUUCGCUAAAGAGCUACUGUGUAUGAGAAAAGGCAUUUGUCCUCAGAAUGUUGUGGCAGCAACUAUAAAAUCUGCUGAAGCAGCCAAAAUCAAGACAUCACAGCCAGAUGCACUGCCUGCCAAAGACGCAGCGCCUGUACCUACUGAGGGUGGGAACAUUUUACAACCGGAAGGACCUGCCACUGCAUCUAUGGAGUCUGUUCAAACAGCUGAUGUGAAGACGUCGGAUACAGAUACGCUGGGCGCAAAAUCUCUGAAAUCUGCUGGAACACCUGGCGUUGAUAGUUUGCCUGCCAAUUGUGAGCCAUCCCCCUCCUUGGCAAGAGGCACAUCUCCCUCAGAAAAGGCCACUCAAGGUACUUGUUUCCAAAAGAAUACUCUGCUGAUCAGCCCAUUCUCUGGCGGAUCUGACACGGCUACAACAUCUAAGACUGCGCCCGUCGGCACUCCUUCAAAGCCUUCAGAUGUCGAGCCUCAGCUUGUCGUCAAAACCGUGGCAGGAGCAGAGUCUCGGGACAGGCAUCCGGGGAAGGUGGUGAUCGUCAAGCCCCGACACGCAACGAGCAGAGCUCCGGGAGACGGGCACGCCGGCGACCGGGGAGAUGCAAGGGUGACGACCACGUCUGCCUCGACGAACAAGGAGGGAGACGACGAUGUGCUGGGUGGAGAGAUGAAGACAGCGGAGGAAGUGGAAAGACAGCGGUCGCACGGGUGUCUGACACGAGAGAGCGCCGUUCAUAGCUUGCAGAAAGGGCCCACAGCCAAGGCACUCGGAGAAACGAGCAAUGAUGCACUGGCACCCAAGGAGAACAAGCUGAUGAUGAAACGGGAUUCUAUUCGUGGUGCGGCCCGGGGUGAGAAACGUGGAGAUGCUGAACAAGGUAAAAAUGAGAAGCCAGUUUCCAAGAAAGCCAAAAUUCAGGCAAAAGACACACCCCCUCCCCUGAAUAGAGACCCCAUUGGAGUGGAAUUCAUGCUGUCGGGCUUCUAUUGCAAACUGUGCUCCAGUUUCUUCUCAAAGGAAGACUUCGUCAGGAAGCACUGCCACAAACACCAGCACCAACAAAACCUGCAGAAAAAAGAAACUCGGUAAAGGAGUCCAAAAGGAGCCAACACAGGAAGUGGCGGGGAGAGUCACAGGAAAAGUUAAGUUUCUGCCUGGGCAAGACUCGACUACCGAGAUGCAAAUCGUUAACCAUGGCUAUGGAGUGGUUGUGCGGUACUGGAAAAGAGGCAUUGUGUGUCCACUUCUAAGGAGAUCCUGAGUUUAAAUCUUGACAGACAUCUGUGACCAAAUAAGUUUUAGCGAACUUAUGUAUGUAUGUAUGCUGAACUUCUUUCGCACUGUACAAAUCCAACCAUGCUAAUCGGAGGUGCGACGCAGAAGUUAUAACAACGCAGAAGUUUGAUUUCAAUGGGUUCUAUUGAUUUAUCCUAAGCCAGCUUAUGAGAGCUGAAUUUGGUAUAAAUUUGUAUCCAAUGAUCGUCAAGUGGUGGACCACUUACAUAGCAUGUGUACAGUAUGAAGGAAGCAGCAGUCUUCAGUUUUUUUUGGUGAUAAGAUCUUUUGAGAUAGCAAGAGUAGUUUUGUGAUCUCUUUUCAGCAUUAUCUAUCAACGAAGUGAUGAAAAUGGAACAAGACGCUUCAUGUCACGCCUUUAUAAUGGGGAAUCGGUGCUGCAAUGGGCAAUUAAUAUAUUAAAUGUUUAUUUUGUUUAAACCCAGGUUUUAUCUAGGAGUGGAAUAGGAAAAAUAAUAUUACAAUGUAGCCGAUUUAGUUUCAGUAAGGUUUGAAAUAUAAAACUGAAUUCCAGAUUACGAAGUGACAGAGCUAUAAAGUUUGUUUUCUCUCUUCGACAAUACCUUACCUAAGAAAGCCGCUUGCUGGUAAGGUUUUUUUAAAUAUAAAAACAUUCAGGAAAAAAAAAAACUAUUUCCUCCUUAGUAGUGCUGAAUUGUAUUUUCCUAAAAGCAUACGAAAAUAACAACUUAAAUUAUUCAUUGUUACAUUCAAGGUGCACCUCUAGCUCUCGUCACACAACUCAUGCAGAUGUCAGUAGUUAAAAGAAUACCCGAUUCGACUUUUUAAAGAUCCCCGCAGUAGUGCGUGGCCCAAUCCAAGGGUAAAAAUCGCCCUUGGAUUACAAGCGCCUGCGAAAACUUGUUAAUUAUAAGUGCACCAUUCCAUGUGACUUUUGCAUUGCCUGUGAAUGAUUAUUCAGUUGUUUUCUAACUGUUAACCUUGGUUUAAUAAAUUUUGUUGUUGAUUAUAAAACGCAUUGUGGCCCACGGGAGACGCCGCUAAUCAGCUGGCGCCCAGCUUGGCGACAUCCCCCCGCGGCUGCAUCCCCCCAAACCCCCACCUCUCCCCCUCCUUUCCCCAUGAUGAAAUACACACCCCACAAUACAUAUGACAUCAUCCUACAGAUGGCCAUUGCACCCCCCCCCAACCCUU